AUGCUCCUCAGACUAGCAACUCGUCCGUUUCCUCCCUUCAGAUCCGCUACCGCCCUCUUUCAUGCUCGCACCCUCGUCUCGUCUUCUCGUCCUGCUCUGCGGGCAUCGCACAGGGCCCGUGUCGGAUUGAUUACUGGAGCUGUCCUCGCCACCUCGCUCCUGGCUGGAAAUGUCACUAGUCCUAUCCAUGCCGAUGCCGAGCAGUCUGAUAACCUGCGGUCAGAGUCGGCCAGACCGCAAACGCCUCUGUCUGCUCUGGUCCGAUCUUAUAUUGUCUACUCAAUCUGUUCGGUGCCUGCCAUUGUAGACUGGUCUCCAACCAUUCUGUCUGUGCUUUUUUCUCUUCCCGGCAUAAGACAGAUUGCACAGGCUGUUGUUCGUGUUACAUUCUUUGAUCAGUUUGUGGGGGCAGACUCGGCGGAGGAUGCUAUUCCCCUCCUCGAGCAGCUGCGUGCGGAGAAUAAGGGCUGUCUCUUUGCUUAUAGCGUCGAAGUUGACGAAGAUGAAGCCUCCGGCACCGCGAAAGACGACAAACAUGCGAAGCUCUCUACACACAAGCAAAUUAUUACCGAGACUCUGCAUUGCAUAGAUGUCGCCGCGGAUUUUGAGAAUAAGUACUCUUCGCAUCACGGCUCCGACAUGCGCGGGCGCAAGACGUGGGUGGCCGUCAAAAUGAGUGCCAUGCUGCCCCGUACUGAGGCACUGGUUCAUUUCUCAAAGUAUUUGGUGUCCACGCGUCCCAAGUCCUCGCCAAGCGUCGCCUUCCCCGGUCGUCCUCUUUCGUCGGACUUCGAUGUGCUUUCCAGUCGAUCAGCCACCAACAGCUUCCUUACCGAUUCUGACAUUGCAGACCUCCGAGAGCUGCGGGAUGAUCUUCGAGAAAUCUGCAAGCGAGCCAGAGAACACGGUGUGAAGAUCAUUGUUGAUGCAGAGUAUAGUUGGUACCAGCCUGCUAUUGAUGCAUUCACGCUAUCACUCCAACGCGAGUUCAACCGACUUCCGUCGUCUUCCUGGUUCCGACUUGGAAAUCCUACUCUCCAUACGUCCGCUGUCCAGCCAUUGGUGUACCAGACUUAUCAGGCGUACCUAAGGCGAACACCAGAGUACCUGAAGCAGAGCCUCGCAGCUGCUCGUGCAGAGGGAUAUUCACUUGGUGUUAAGCUCGUCCGCGGCGCAUACCACCCGCACGAAAUGGCUGCACAUGCUAGCGCAAUGUCAACUCGGACAUCCACAUCCACUUUAAUUUCCUCCUAUGGAUACUCGCAAUCCAUCUCGCCGGAUCCGGCUCCACCAGUUUGGUCUACCAAGGACGAGACCGAUACCUGCUAUAAUGCUUGCGCGACACUGCUCCUGGAACAUCUUCGUGCUGAUAUCAAGGCGGCCCGGGCCGACGGCUCCCCGAGGCUCGGCAUCCUCUUUGGUACGCAUAACUGGAAUAGCUGCGAAUUGAUCCUGAGCGAGCUGGCCAAGCUUGGAUUGGCGAGUGUUACUGGCGCUACAACGUGGGUGCCAGAGACCGUCACGGAGAGGGUUGCGAUUGGGCAAUUGUAUGGUAUGAGUGAUGCCCUCACGGACUCCCUUGUCAGUCGGACUCGGUGUGCGUCACCUUUCGUGAUGAAGUAUAUUCCCUACGGCAAUCUAGCGGAGGUGAUGCCCUACCUGAGCAGACGUGCCAUCGAGAAUAAGUCCGUCCUCGGAAACGGCGGAGCCGCCGACGAGCGUAGGAGAGCUGGUUCCGAAAUUCGGAAGAGAAUCGCCAGCUGGUCUGGGCUCAGUUGGUGA